GCUGCGGCGCGUGCGCGAGCGGUGCAGCACCGGCCGCGGGCGCGGGGAGUAUUAUGGGCUGUGGGUGCCGCUGAGCAAGAUGGAGCUGUCUGCAGUGGGCGAGCGGGUCUUCGCGGCCGAGUCCAUCAUCAAGCGGCGGAUCCGCAAGGGGCGCAUCGAGUACCUGGUGAAGUGGAAGGGGUGGGCGAUCAAGUACAGCACCUGGGAGCCCGAGGAGAACAUCCUGGACUCGCGGCUCAUCGCGGCCUUCGAGCAGAAGGAGAGAGAGCGUGAGCUGUAUGGGCCCAAGAAGAGGGGACCCAAACCCAAAACUUUCCUCCUGAAGGCGCGGGCCCAGGCCGAGGCCCUCCGCAUCAGCGAUGUGCACUUCUCCGUCAAGCCCGGCGCCAGCGCCUCCUCGCCCAAGCUGCACUCCAGCGCCGCCGUGCACCGGCUCAAGAAGGACAUCCGCCGCUGCCACCGCAUGUCCCGCCGGCCCCUGCCGCGCCCAGACCCGCAGGGCGGCAGCCCGGGCCUGCGCCCGCCCAUCUCGCCCUUCUCGGAGACGGUGCGCAUCAUCAACCGCAAGGUGAAGCCGCGGGAGCCCAAGCGCAGCCGCAUCAUCCUGAACCUGAAGGUGAUCGACAAGGGCGCCGGCGCGGGGGCCGCGGGGCAGGGCGCCGGCGGGGCCCUGGCCCGCCCCAAGGUCCCCUCGCGGAACCGCGUCAUCGGCAAGAGCAAGAAGUUCAGCGAGAGCAUCCUGCGCACGCAGAUCCGCCACAUGAAGUUCGGCUCCUUCUCGCUGUACAACAAGCCCCCGCCCGGCCCCGCGCAGCCCCCGCCCGCCGGCAAGGCCGACCUCGCGGCGCCCCCGGGCCCGGGGCUGCUGCUCGCGGCGCCCGCGGCCCCCUACGACGCCCGCAGCUCCAGCUCCUCGGGCUGCCCCUCGCCGGCACCGCCGUCCUCCGACCCGGACGACGCGCCCCCCAAGCUGCUCCCCGAGACCCGGAGCGCGCCGGCCCCCGACUGGCGGGAGCCCGAAGUGCUCGACCUGUCCCUGCCGCCCGAGGCGGGGGCCACCAGCCAGCGGGCGCCUCCCGAAGUCGCUGCUGCCGGCCCGGCUCUCCCCCCAGCCCCGGAGCCCCCCGGCGCCACCUCUGAGCCCGAGGCUGGGGACUGGCGCCCCGAGAUGUCCCCCUGCUCCAACGUGGUUGUCACCGAUGUCACCAGCAACCUCCUGACGGUCACUAUCAAGGAGUUCUGCAACCCCGAGGAUUUCGAGAAGGUGGCUGCUGGGGUGGCAGGUGCCACAGCUGCGGGUGGCAGCAGCGGGGCCAGCAAGUGAGGGGCCCAGCUAGGAGGGGGCCUUUGGGCGGGGCCCUCCUACCCAAAGUCAUACCCUUGCUUCCGCCCACACCCUCAGACACCUCUGCCUGUGCUUUGCUUGUUCCAGUGGCUCGGUGUUGACCCGGGGAAGGGGCUGGGCAGCUGGCGCCCCUUGAGGCCCAGUGGUGGGGGGGUCUGGAGGGGGCCUGGGCACUGGGAAGUCCUCCCUCUUGUCUCAGCACCCUCCCUGCCCACACAGUGGGCCCCAGAACCUGGGCUUCAGCUGCUCCCCCACGUUCCUCCCUUGUUUCUCCCCAGCUUGCUUCCUGCUCUCGCACAGCAUCUGACCUCUCGGUGCUAACCCGGCAGCUGCGGCCCCUUAGCAAGACCCCUACACAGCGGGGCCAGCCUGGGUGCAAAGCCCCGCGGGCUGAGGACCAGGCUGUCUGGGCCCUCCUUCCACAGCCGGCGGGCAGGCGGCUGGACUUGGGCCGAUGCCUUGGGUCUUCCCACCAGUUUGGUUUCUGGAGGAGCCCCCAAGCCGGCCCCCUUGGUCCCUGGUGUCUUUCCUAAACCCCUUCUGGAAGGUGGGAGGAGCUAGCAGGGGCCUUGCCCCAACAGCCACCUCCCCGCCACCACGUGGCACCUAAAGGCCCUUCAGUUCUCUACCAAAGGUGCUUCAAGAACCCGCCAUGGGAGCCUGCGCUGUGCGCCCGCUGCCCCCGCGUGUUCGUGCACUGGGUGCUGGGCCCACGCUUCCCGGAGUGGGGGCCUUUAUGGUUCCUCACUGUAGGGCCAUGGACGGGCCGCGCAGGCCUCAGCUCUGAACUUUCUGGGGAGGCUGGCCACCCCUUCCAGCCCGUGUGUGCUGGGGUCAUGCACCCUGUGCCCUUCUCCUUUGGGGUAGUCAGCCCGAGCUGCCAGGCCUUCACUGCAGACACGGCUUGGUGGGGGCUGGGUUAGGGUUAGAGAGGGGAGACCCUCCAGCCCAGCUUCCCAUUCCGUCGGGGCGUCGGGGGAGGAAGGAGGAAGCCCUGGGUCCCCGCCUGCCCUGCCCCCUCAUCUGGGUUCUGACUGCCGAGGCGCUCUCAGCCCAGCCUGCCCCGUGCGGGGCUGCGGGGAGGCCUUCAUGCUCUGCGCAGCUGCAGCUGCUUUUCCCCCUGCUGCGCCCAGGCGGCCCUGCCAGUGGCAGGGACCAGAGCCCCUUUGUUGGCCAGGCACUGGGAGGACCGGCCAGCCCGCCAGAGGAGGGGACGGAGGAGGGAUGUGUUCUUUGGGAGAGCAAGGCUUGGGGGUGCCGCGGGAGGUGGCCAUGCGAGCAGGCUGGGCCGCUGCCAGCGCCAGUUUGGCCUAAGCCACAUGUUGGGGGCUGGAGGGAGGUGUCUCCCCCGAGCCACUUGCCAGCAAUGGGUUGGGGCGGGGGAGGUGGCAGAGCUCCCCCAAUUGAGUGACAAAUGCCUUUUGUUCUGAGUAAGGAAAGAUACUUUCUUCCAAGUCUCCCCCAGGGCCAGGGGCCAGGAGGCUGACCAGGGCCGCCCUUCCCCUUCCCCUCCCCUGCCUUUGUGUUGGCUCUGUGGCCGCCCAAGUGCCAAGUGGCUUCCCCCCAAAUAAGGGCUGGUAUUUCUCCUCUGUCCUUGGAGGUGAUUUCCCCCUGCGCCCCCACCCCAGGUGAGCGACCACCUGGGUGCCAGUUACAGGUGUUUCCAGAGACCAUAGAAAUGUGUUUUCCUGAGAGUCCGUGUCAUUCGUGACUUUUUUUGUAAAGAAGUUGUGUUUUCAGAGGUGAUUUUAUGACAGGAAAGUGAAAGAAUUAGUUUUGCAAAAAAAUUACAAAAAAAGAGGAAAAAAAAGAAAUAGAAAAAAAUAUUGUGGGGUUCCUGUGGGGUGGGGGGCUCUGGGAGAACGAUAUUUAAAGAAAAAAUAGUAACGCAGUGAUUGCACAGGGGAGACAGCAGCGUUAGGAUGGGGUGGGGGCCCGGUGGCGGCUCCUGGGGUCACAGCCAGCUGCCUCCUCCCUUGCCUGAGGCAGGGAGAGACCUCCCCACAGCCCUGGGCCGGACUCCACACCUGUCCUUCCUCGAAGGGGUGGAUGGCAGCUGCUCCCAAGGGAACUAGCUAGAAGCUGCAGGGGCCAAGCAAGUCGAGGGGGAGGGAGAGUUUAGAUUUGGGCAGGUGGGGGUCCCCAGGAAGGCUGAUGAGUUGAGUGGCUUGGAUUUCUUGCUGUCCUCCAUUCGAACACCUGGUCCCUACUGCUGCCACCCCAUGGGGGCAUCUCCCCAUCACCCCAAAGACCAUGAUACCCCUGAACUCCCCUGACUAAGUGGGGGUUAUGGGCUCAGGGAGAUGGGAGCUGUAGACACUGGGGAAUCUUAGGUGGUGACCCUAAGGGAUGGGGGGUAACCAUUGGGAAAAGGGGUGAGUGCCCCGAGCCCCAAACCUGCGGUCCCACUGUGUGCACGCAGAGGGCAUGCAUGCGCACUGCUCCAAUGGGGACAGCGCCCCUGCAGGACCUGAGCAGGCACCAGGUCAAGAGCAAGAGGAGCUUUACCUCUCUCCUGGGGUGGCUCAGAGCAGGGGUGGCUCAGAGCAUGCCCCCCCACACUCUUGCACAGAUCAGCCUCCCACCAGCCCUUCCUCCCUUACCCCCCAGCUGCUUUCCCGUUUGCCUAAUUGCCAAGCAGAAGUUGCAGUCUUGUUUGCUUUAUUUUUAUAUGUGAAAUACCCCCUACCCCCAGCCUGAUCCCCUUCCAUGUUCAACAUUGGUCGGGGCAUCAGUCCUCUCCCCUUAAAUGCCGUCACGUGUCAUAGGAAACAGGUGAGGUCUGGUGUCUCUGGUCUGAGGUGGGAAAAUGGGCCGCAUCUCUUCCUUGUUCCCCUCUCUGACCCUCCCUUGCUCAUGUGUGAGGUGGGUGUGUCUGCAGCAAGGCCUCUUGAAAAGCACUGCGGGGCCCAGGCAGCUGCUGAGGGUGGGUGGAGUCCGGGUUGCCGGCCCCCCAGGCUCCUGCACUUCUGGGCACAGAGGUCGGGGCCAGAGGAGCCCCAUCCUCCCUCUGCUCUGUCAAGGUGAUGACCCCAGGCUCAGUGUGAGGUGGGCAGAGUUGGGGUGGGUGGUCACCCCAUCACAAAGAGGAGGGAACUGGGCCUCUGGGUGGCCUAGCUGCUUUGCUGGGUAAAGAGCCCAGGCUGCUCUGGCCUUAUGGGGAAAACCCCUUUAAAAGGUGGGGGAUAGGUCCUGGAGGCCCCACAAGUCCGGCAGUCAGGUGAGGGUCAACCCAGAGGAAACUCAGUGAAGGGACUGGGCCACGCCCAGCCUUGAGCCUCUGUGGGGAUCCUUGGGCGUGUACCAUGCACCUUUCCCACCCUUUGGGGUUUUUGUUUUGGGGUUGGUUUUUUUUUUUUUUUUUUUUUUUUUUUUUUUUUGCACUUGGCCCACGCCGGACAGUGGAGCCCGCCGGUCAGUCCACGUCCAGGCUCCAUGCACUAGCCCAAGGCAGCCUCUCUGGGGCUUGUGUGGUGUAAGGAAUCACUUUUAAAAGAAAGAAGGAGCGUGUUAAACAGUUUUUGUUUUUUCUCUGUCUGCAUCUCCUCUCAGAUUCAGAAAACCCUGAAUCGAGUAAAACACCAAGAGGGGUGAUCCCCAGCCCGACCCCCUGUCUUGGUGGGGGAAAUGAGGGGACAGCCUGGGUGGGGACCAAGGAGCCCACGUCCUGGGCCUGCCUCCCCAGAAGGAAUCGGGACCCCCUCCCACGUGAGUGAGCGCCUGCUGUAUGCAGAGCUUCUGCUAGGCAGUGGGUGCUGAUGGCCAAACGAGCCCCCCUGAAGGAGGCCAAGGCAGAAGGGACAGAGUGGCGAGGGCGGCCUCUGCUGCGGGCAGAGUGGAGACAGAGACUUCUUUUUGUUGGUUUUAAUUUAAAAACACAAAGCCCUAAAGAAAUGUAUCUUAUAAUUUUUUUUUUUAAUUUUCGAAAAGCUCAUUUAAUGAAUUGUGCACGAAUGAAUUCUAUAUAUAUAAAGUAUGCAUAUAUAGCUCUAUAUUUGGGGAGGGCGCUGUCUCUUUCUUCUCUCUCAUUUAAAACAUGAAGUGCUGUUGCUGUUGUUUGUGGUUCAACCAUUCAGCUCCCAGCUGGCUAAACCUUGCUUCCAGGGCUUAGAGAUCAGAGACGAGCAGGGUGGGCAGGAGAGCAAGGGGGCACUGCCUGGGCCUGGGGGUGGGUCCCCAGCCCACCUACCCCUUGUCUGGAGGCUGCGGGUGAAGAAGGUGCCCGUUUGGGGUGUGGGUUUUGCUUCUGUUCUGGAUUCGGUUUCUUCUGGGCCAGGGGAGGGGGCUUUGUGCCGAUUUACUCUUGUCUUGUAUGUUUUGUUCUGCUGCUCUUCAAUAUUGUAUCAAUGCCAGGAAGGGGGAGUGAAAAGCCUCUUUUGCCCCCCCAAAUAAAUCGUCACAUUCCGAAGCUAAGAUGUGGCCCCUGGGCUCAGAGUGUCUGUCUCUUAUUUCUCCUGCUGUGAUGGUCUUUAAAAAGCAUCAGGCUCCAGGGGAAGGGAGGGGCGACUCCGCCCAUUUCCAAGCGCUCCCCCACCCUAGUCUCUCCACCUGCCAACCUGUGAGUGCGCUCAGGUGAGUGCACCUACACAGAUCAAGCUGAGCUGCUGGCUAGUCUUGAAUCUGGAAAAGGCCUAGUAGGUGCUGGCCCCCAGUUGGAAUCCCAGCACCCAUAGCCAGGGGUCCUGUCACACUGGGUCCCUAACAAGCUGGUCACCCCGGAGCCCAGUUGAGAAUAGACCAGGUGGGGGGCACAAUUGUGGGACAAUAACAAGGAACCUCCACUCCCAGCUCGGGGAAACACCAGUUUCCUGGGUGCUUGUGUGCCUCUCUGGUUAGAGACCAGCCUUGGGGAGCCCUCACCCAACAAGCACAGAUCUUGGGGGUUCAAAAGCAGAGCCCCAGCCUCUCACACCUUCCCCAAGGCCACUGUUCUAUCUCCUGCAUCCACAGCCACCUGUUUGCCAGGCCUUAAGCAGGUGUUGGCCUCCGCCUCGCCCCUGACCCGCAGACCCUCAUCCCACGUUUCCCAUCCUGCAG